AGUGCUGAGACCUUCCCAAGAUGGCAUCGUACAGGUGCCUUCGGCCUGUCGUCAUGUCCGGUUGGCCGCGGCAGUUUCCGGGUGCAGCAGAGCCGGCGGCGAGUCGUUGGUAGGAGCACCUAGGAGACGCGGCGGUGCCGAGCCGAAAUGGCGGACCGCGCACCUCUCUUGGAGUAUGAGGAGGGUCCUGCCGUCGCCUUCCCUGCCGGUUCGGGUAGCGGAUCAGAAGCGGUGUCUGGACCGCGCAGCAUCGCUGGUAGUGCCGAGAGAUGGAGCCCGGUAGCGAGCGGUCCAUGGGCGGCGGAGGCGGCGCACCGAGGCCCGGAGCACGAAGAGGAGGAGCAGGUGGUCGCCGUGUUUGUGGUCACGUUUGACACCAGAGCAGGUAACAUUGUUGAAUGGCGUUUGCCACAAGAAGUGGACUUGGAAGGAGUGGAAUUUAAAUCCAUGGCCAGUGGAUCUCAUAGAAUUAACUCUGAUUUUGUCUACUUUCGGAAAGGUAACUACUUUGGUAUGGCAUGUUUUGCCAACAUGCCUGUGGAGAGUGAACUGGAACGAGGUGCUCGAAUGAAGUCUGUUGGAAUUCUUUCCCCAUCGUAUACACUUCUGUACAGAUACAUGCAUUUUCUGGAGAAUCAGGUCAGACAUCAACUUGAAAUUCCUGGACAUUAUGCACAAUUAGAAGCUUUUUAUGAAGACAAGAAAGGUAUUUUACCUGCUGGACUGAGCAGCAAAGGAACCCCGACGUCCAUUCAGCCCCUUCAUUGGUUGCCAUCAGUUAACAAGUACAUGUAUCCAGAGAUGAAGAUCACUCAUCCUGCAGGAUGCAUGUCGCAGUUCAUCAAGUUUUUUGGGGAGCAGAUCAUGGUUCUUUGGAAGUUUGCACUUUUAAGGAAACGGAUCUUGAUUUUUUCACCGCCUCCGGUUGGAGUGGUCUGCUAUAGAGUUUACUGUUGUUGUUGUCUUGCGAAUGUUUCACUGCCUGGGAUUGGAGGAGUUCCUGAAUCCAAACCUUACUUUUAUAUCAGUGUAGCCGAUAUAGAAACCCUGGAGACUGAGAUGUCCUAUGUGGCCUGCACAACGGAAAAGAUAUUUGAAGAAAAGAAGGAUUUGUAUGAUGUUUACAUUGAUAACCAAAAUGUGAAAACCGACCAUGAGCAUCUACAGCAACUGUUGAAAGUAAACAGUGCUGAUAAGGACAAGUACCGCAAGCUCAAUGACCAGAGGCAAAUGCUGCUUUAUUCUCAGGAGGUGGGAGGAGAUUGCAGCACCAAUGAAGAAGACCUGUUCAUUAUGUUUUUCAUGGAACAGAAUAAUCGCAUCUUUCAGAUGUUGUUGGAAGUUUCAGCAUGCCAAGAUAAAACGCUAACAGCUGACCAUGUAAGGAGUAUGGGGCUGGACCCCCAGGGGGAUCGCAUCUUCCUGAUGGAUCUGCUUGAGGUUUAUGGGAUUGAUGUGAUGCUCGUAAUUGACAAUCCCUGUUGUCCAUGAUCGAGGACCUGUGAACUGCUGUUUUAACCAGACGGGUCCAAGAUACUAAAUGAAUUGAUACGUAGCGUUUUAAAAAAAAUAUAGAAACCAACUGCAAUUGUACCAUGGCACACCACGAUUUCUUGAGCUGUGCCCAGGUCAGUUCACAAACCACUUGUUUUUCUCCCUUUUCCAUUGUCAAUAAAUUUAAAGAUUUUGAAGAAUUAACCUACGGGAUAAAUCAGGAUGGUUUCACUGCAAGAAACGCUAAUUUGAAGGAAUUUUUUUUAUAUAGCAAAGUGUUCUUGGUUUUUGCCUUCUAUUGAUAAAAGCUAUUGUGAUUUUUUUUUGUUGGCAUUUGUGACUGUUGUACAAUAGCAGUUGUGAAUUGCGACAUGCACAUGUGGACUUUUGUGCAUCUACACAAAUACAUUUCCAGUGCACAGACACUCUAUACCAUUCCACUGAACUGCAGGGAGAUGCCUUUUUGUAUUGAUCUUCAGCCAAGAUUGGAUUCUACUUUUUGGGAAGAGUUUAGUUUGAUUUCAUAAGGCCCUCUCUAAGCUGUGCUGAGUGGUUAUAUGGUAUUGGCAAUCACCCACUCAUUUUUAAAGUGAAGGUUUUGACCAUUAAAUAAUGAAGUGCACUGUAACAUGACUAUUAGGAAAGAAAUCAUUUCUUUAAACUGCUAUUUGAAAUAUUGUACCAUCAAACUUUUAAAUUAUCCCUGAAUAUAGCUUCUGAUUUUGUUAAUUGUUACUUGACCUUUUGCUGGUAACUUCAUAAUGUUACAUAGCAGGCAAAUUUCGCCAAGUACCAUGUAUAAAAGCAUUAAAAAGUAUUGUUAUGAAUGUGAUUAGAUCCAUAGCAUUUCAGAAGUAAAGAAAAAAAGACAUUUGAUACAACAAAUGCAGGAUACUUGCCAUUAAGCAUCUAUUUGGUAAUUGGUUUAUAGGUCUGGCUGCAUUUUGUAUGUUGUUAUUGAACAGAAGCUACAAGGUGAUAUUGGAGCAUGACUGCGGAAUGAUCACUUAUUUGGUCAAGUGGGAAAAUGUUUCUCAGUGCUACUUUAAGGCAUAAUGAAUGCAAGUAAUAAGGUUCAUGCUUUUUACCAAGUAUCACCAUCUUUAUCUGUUCAUUUAGGAUGAAGGUGUGUUGGGUAUUGUCGUAGAAGCUGGCCUCUUAUUGUUGAUAGAGAGUUGUUUGCAAUGUUUUCCUGCUUUGACGUAGUUUAUUUGAUGAGUAACAAAAGUGGCCAGGUAACAAAGGUUAAUUGUAAAAAGAUUUUAUAGCAUAUGAAGAAAGGAUGAAGCCCCAUGUCAAAGGAAAGGAAAUCUAAUGAGGUGUGAAGGAAGAUGCUAAAUGACAAUUUUGCGUGUGCUUAUCUCUCCUCUGUAUUUUAGUAAGAAUGAAAACAUGAGAAUUGGAAGUGAUUGGUUGAGGAGACAACUACAGUUAAGCAAGUAUUAGGAAACAUAAGUGGGACUCCAAAAUAAACCAGGUAAUUAUAGGUCAUUUAGAUUAAUGUUAACCAUAAGUAAAUUUUAAAAGCCAAAAUGGCUUAAAGUUAUUACUUGUCCAGACAGAUUACAACCUAGUUAUGGAUUACAUUAUUUUAAGGCCAAUAGGCCCAUUGAGAAUGUGCUGAAAAGAUUCACUAAAGUAAUGUCAGGAAUAAGAGAUUAAUUAUGAGAGACCCAAGAAAUUGUUUUUCCCCUCACCCUCAAGCCCCACCAUACAGUAAUAAUGUGCAAAAGGAAGUCUGAUAAAGGUGUUCAAAAUUAAGUGAUAGUGUUUAGUGAUAUUGGUUUUAAGAUCAUCACAAAAAUGUCUACAGAGAGUGCUAAUAAUACAAAUAAUCACCCAUUAGAAACCUGUUCAGAAAGAGAAUAGAAAAAUACAGUGGAAAUGAAUAAAUAUACCAAAUGAAUGGGAUGUUGUGGAUAAACAACUGGCACAAGAUGAGAAUAGUUUUCUUUGCUGUAAGUAGUUUUAGCAAGGAAAUUGGUAUUACCAGGGACAGUGUGGCAAAAGAUACUGUAGCAAUUAAAUUUUCCAGCAAUGCAAAAUAAUAUGCUCAGUGGGCUUAUAAAAGGAUUGAACCUUUAGAUGGAUCUAAACUGAAUAAUUUGAUCACCUCCAUUGAUUUUAAUAUUACUAAAGUAAUGCUCAAUGGAUCGUGCAAAAUGUUCUCAUGAUAAAUGUAUUAGUAAAAAUGAUAACUACACAGGAAUCACUAAUUUUCCAAUCAUCUUUUUGCCUAUCAAUGUGAAACUGUCAAUAUAGCUAAGUGCAAUAGACUUAUCAAAGGUAUUUGUACAAUUUAAGUUUGUACCCAAAAUAUUAGUUUUCAUUCCCCAUAACUACUCAAAAUUAAAUUGGCCUUUCUGAUUUUUUUUUUACUUUGAUUUUUGUAUUGGUUUGUAUACUAAAGAGUAUUGACACCACCUAAAGGUUCAGGAAAUAUAAACCUGCACUACUGCAUAUGCUGCUGACUUAUAAUUUUAAUAUUUUACCAUAGAUGUUGUUUAGAGUGUGUAGUAAUUUCUCCUUGGUAUCUAUUGAGUGCAAGCCUCACAUUUUCCCAAUACAGAUUUUAGAAUUGUUUCUAUUAUCCAAUAAUUUUGUUUGUAUUUUAAAAAGUGAAAUUUUACUUCAGGUGUGCAAUCAAGGUUAUGUUUUUUCUUGAAGCUGAGAGGGUCAAUAUUCAAUAGGUUAAAGAUAAGUCUAUUACAGAUCUGUUGUAAUGGUGAUUUGCACUUGAUGCAUUUUUAACUGCAUAAUAGUAAAAGCAGGAGGAGGUUACUUAAUGCUGGACUGAUACUACAUUGAACAUGGUUGUGCUGCACUUUGUCUAAAAUGAAUACAGCACUUGACACCUAAUUGUGCAUCUAAUCUUAGUAAUCCUUAUGAUUUUACUUAAUUCAUCGUCGGCCUGUUCCUCUAGGUUUGAAAGUAACUUUUGUAAAUGUUUAAUUAACCUGCAUGCAGUUGUGUAUGCUACUGCCUCUUGUGUGGGAACCUUUUGUGGUAGAGAGUGGACACUGGAUGAUUUUAUCCACCUGUGCUAUGGUGGCAUGGUUUAUCUCUGGCUCUGUUCUGUUAAAUUACAUUUGGGAGCUAUAGUUAAGCAUUGCACAUGUUUUCAAAUAAUACCUUUGGUAAUGUUUACACCUACCAUUUCAUCUGUUAAAUCUUCAACCAUUUGGGUAGUCAGAUUAGCUGUUUAGUUGCCUUUUUUUAAAAAAGUCUUUUGACAGCUGGCUGUGUCUUCUAGUACUGCUAAUGUUAGUAAAAGCAAAGCAUUAAUUCUUCGUAGUUCCCUUUAACAUAAGCUAAUGUUUCUUGAUGUCAAAAACAUGCAAUUAAGCAGUAAUAUAACUAACAUGUAAACAAGAUUGAUGAUUGCUGGAGAUUUGUUGGGGGGGGGGUGGUGUUGGUGGGGUGAGAGUGUAACUUAAAUCUGAAAUACUGCAUUUUAGUUGAACAAGUGCUGAUAUUGCAUGUGACCCUCCAAAAUUCUAUCCUUACAAAGUAAAUACAAGUUCUCAACAUUUACUCAGACCUUUUGUUCUCAGUCACAUUCACCAUAAAUUUAGAAAAUUCUUCAAAGUUGUAUAGGAAGUGUAUAAAACAUGAUUGAGUGAUUUGGGCAUGAAGUUUAUUUGUACAUUCUCCUUUUCAUUUUUUGUUGCAGUUCCCUUUAGUUUGUCCAUAGAUGUCAAAGUACUUUUUCAACAUAUGUAGGUGUUUUUCCAUCUGAUUACUCUGCCCACUUGUAUUAAUAUGCCCAACCAUUGUGCAUCUACAAUAGCAAUGAAUCUGCCUCAGACACUGCCUAAGAGAUCAGCAAACAAAUUCAGUUCCAUGAGAGUGGUAUUGUAAUUGUCAUUUCCAGACAUGGUAUGGAAUGAUGUUGGCACCAACAUCUUUAAUAAAACAUUCCUAAAACUGUGUAAUACUGAAUGGUUUAAUAGAGUAUUUUAAGUUGCUUUAUUCUGAAUUGUAAGACGUGUUAUUUAAUAAAUCCAAGAAGCUGAGGUCAGUAAAUACUUUUGUGACUUUGCAAAGUGUUUCUGUCCAUUACUAAUAGAUUUAAUUUAAGCUAGGUUGAGCAGUAGCAUUCAGAAUGGAUGCACCAGACUAUGUAGUUGCUUUGUAAUGACUUUUCUGAUGUGGAAGCUGCAAACCUCCAGCCUCUGUCCGGUGGGGAGAGACUAAAUGCUUUGGUUCCUGGAUAUUGAUUAGGUUUAUGAUGGCAGACUUUAAUUUGUCGUGAUUAUCAAUGAGGUAAGGAAAUGUGAUAUUUAAAAUAAAUACUAAUUACCAAUGCUCUAGGAAGAUAACUGGCCUCUUUUCCCUCUUGCCUCCACUCUUUAUAUGCACGUUACAGUUUCAGAACAUGAUACAUUAAUGGUGACAAUCUGCUCAACAGGUAUUUGUUGAGAUCCACCAGUAUUAAUUGAUGUUAAGAGUAAUCAAAGUGCAAAUGGAAUUUGGUAACAAGGACUGAAGUGGGGGGAAAUCUAUACUACCACUGGCCUGCCAGUAUCAUAGUGGAAAUGAAGGCUCUUGAUCUGUCUGUGUUAUGUACUUGUAGGUAUUGUUUUGAAGAACCUUUGUUAAUCUGCUUAAAACUCUGGAUUCAAAAUUCUGUUGUAUUAACCAGCGGAUAAUAAAUGUUCUAAAGGUAAAUACUGCAGAUGCUGGAAAUAUGAAAUAAAACACAUUGCCAGAAGCAGUCAAGUCAUUCGGUAUCUGCAGAGAAUGAACUUACCAGGUCUCUGAUGUUUCAAAAGAACCUUGUUUAGACCUGCUGAGUAUUUCUAGCAUUUUAUACUUAUAGUUAAGAAAUGUUGUAGAGAGCUUUGUUGAAUUAUGUUAAACACACUGUGAAGCUUGUGUGUUCUUUACUGAUGGAGGUUAGGAGAAGAUGGACAAUUUGAAUUUAAAAGAAAAACUGUGGUCAAGGGUAUUAAAAAUGGACUUUUAAAAUAAAAGGUAUAUGUGAAGGAA